AUAGUGACAUUGUUUGUGACGAUUCGGCUACGAAGCAAGACUUAUUCUGACUUCGCCGGAGCCGCAAAAUAGUUGUCAAAAUGGCGGGCGAAGGUUCUGCAAAUGUGAAUCCAAAUUGUGAGGUCGUUCGGGGACAAACAUUCGAAGUUGGCCCACGAUAUACGAAUUUAUCGUACAUGGGCGAGGGUGCUUACGGGAUGGUCGUAUCUGCUUAUGAUAAUGUAACGAAGACAAAGGUAGCUAUUAAAAAAAUUUCACCUUUUGAACAUCAGACAUAUAGCCAGAGAACUUUAAGAGAAAUAAAAAUUUUGACUAGGUUUAAGCAUGAAAAUAUAAUAGAUAUAAGGGAUAUAUUAAGGGCACCUACUAUAGAACAAAUGAAAGAUGUAUAUAUUGUUCAAUGUUUAAUGGAAACUGAUCUCUAUAAACUUCUGAAAACACAGGCUAUUAGUAACGAUCACAUAUGCUAUUUUCUGUACCAAAUAUUAAGAGGAUUAAAGUACAUUCAUUCCGCAAAUGUAUUGCACAGAGACUUGAAACCAAGCAACUUGCUGUUGAAUACUACCUGUGACCUUAAAAUCUGUGAUUUUGGUUUAGCCAGAGUUGCCGAUCCAGAGCAUAAUCAUGCUGGUUUUCUUACCGAAUAUGUAGCAACAAGAUGGUAUAGAGCUCCAGAAAUAAUGCUCAAUUCAAAGGGUUAUACUAAGUCUAUAGAUAUUUGGUCGGUUGGUUGUAUUCUUGCAGAAAUGCUUUCACGGCGAGCAAUAUUCCCUGGCAAGCAUUACUUAGAUCAACUGAACCAUAUAUUGGGAGUACUUGGAUCACCAUCUACCGAAGAUCUUGAGUGCAUUAUAAAUGAAAAAGCGCGAAAUUACCUUCAAUCUUUACCGUACAAACCAAAGGUUCCAUGGACAAGCCUUUUUCCUAAUGCUGAUCCACGAGCUUUAGAUCUUUUAGACAAGAUGUUAACUUUUAAUCCUAACAAACGAAUCGUUGUAGAAGAUGCACUCGCGCAUCCUUACUUAGAACAAUAUUACGAUCCAGCUGACGAACCUGUCGCGGAAGAGCCAUUUAGGUUUGACAUGGAGCUAGACAAUCUUCCAAAAGAGGUGUUGAAACAGUAUAUCUUUGAAGAGACCCUACUAUUCCAAGAGAAUCAUCAAGAGAACCCUAUGUAGUCUACUGCUGGAGUUAGUACGCAAGCCGACCAAAAAGGAGGCGAAGAUGUGGCGUCAAAGUAACAGAAGUGUACUUCUUUCACAGUUGUCUACGAUCGAAGCAAGAAAAACCAAAACAUUCUACGAGGAUAUUAUAAUCGAAGAAAAUUAGUAGCAGCGACGACCAUUGGUGAGAAACGGGAGCGGUAAAUGAGGUAAAAAAACACCGCAGUGUCCGUGCAUAUACUUGUACAUUCGCAUGUCUUAACCGGAAAAAAAAAACAAAAUACAGUGUUUCUUUUUUUUGUUACAUUGAAUUGCAUAAUAUUAAUUUGUACAAUAACUUUUAUUUAUCCCGAAUUAUAUGUAGGUAACGCUAGUUGACGAUUUAUUGUUAAUCACCGUAUCAUACACAUUGUCUGUGAUUUAAUUGCCGAGCGAGUGACGUGGUCGGUGUAAUGUGCGAGAUAAUUAUGAGCCACGUAAUAACGGCGACCGAUAAGAUGAAUGCGCGCAGAGAGAGAAAGAGAGAAUGCUUGUAACUGAAGUAUAUAGAUAUAUACGUAUAUAAAUAUCAGUGUACUGCGAAACAACAGCCAUUAAAUUCAUCCAAGUAUUUGACGAUAGUUUCCUUAUUGUCAUUAUGUAAUUUUCAGUGUCAUCAUUUUUUAUAGUAGCUGCGGAAAUUCAUUUUUUUGCCUCCAUCGGACUUAGCUUGUAGAAGAAAGAAAGAGAGAGAAUGAGAUGGGACGACAAGAAGAAGGAGAAAAAAUGAGAAGAGAGUGCAUGCGAGAAAGAGAGAAUGAGAUAGGCGCAUAUUUAAUUCAGAUAAUUAAUUGCAACCGAUGCAACUUCCACUUCUACUAAGCCAUUUAAUUGCGCCUUGGUUUACCAGCUACAGGUAUUAUUACACUGAUACUGCCAUUCUUGUGCGAUAGAACGCAUGGUGUCUGUUUGAAUGCGGUGUCUGUAUUGUUUAUUUUAUAUAUAUAUAUGUUUCUGAUCUUUUUACAUGCUUUAAUGUAUCACAUUUUUCUUUUACAUUCAAGAAUUUUUCACCUUGUCAUUCAUAAAUAACUUGAACGUUCUUUCAUAAAACCAACCAUUUGGUUUCAUAAAGUCCACUUGUCGGCGGACACGAUUUCCGGGAUUCAAACAAUCACCAUGUGAGUUAAAUGUACGAUACAAAAUAAUGUUCUUGUUUCGAUUCGUAUGUUUUUUUCGCUCUAAAUAUACAUGUGUAUACUCGAACAGAUUCUUUUUUGAUAUUCAAUAUAUAGCUCUAGUUGAUACAGCAUCCUUGGAGAUAUGUGGCCGUGACAAAUGGAAAAGCGAUUUGAUCUGUGUAUGUAUGCGAACGUAUCAUCGACGGUAAAAAGCUUAGCCGAUUAUGAUCACGAACGCAGCAGAAGUCGAGUAAUCAUUAAAGCACAAGUAAGAUAUAAACGAUUCAUUUAAUAAUUGCUUGUUACCCAUUUAUGAGAAACUUCAAUUAUUAUUCUUUCUUCAACGAGAUACUUGUUGAAAGAGAAAAAUAGAAGAAGCAUAUUAUUCUUAUUUUGGAUGCAUUGGUGGAAUUAAGGAGGGGCCAGGUUGGGCCUGGUCCUUUUCUUUAUUUGACACUGUUAACAAAGCUAAGAGACCAGGAGCACCCUGAAAACCUAGUUUCGCCAAUGUUUGGACGAGACCAAUCGUGUGUACAAACGAAACAUUAGGAUUUUGUUAAUAAUAAAAGAAAGUAAGAGCGACACGAGAAAGGAAGAGAGAGUGAUAAAAGGAAUCAGUAUGAAACACUUUGCCUCCCUCGACUAAUCAGAUCUCAGAUUUCAUCUUCGAUACAUCCAAUAAAAUGAUUCUUCAUUAAUAACCCGUGUCAGUGGUGUAUUCGCGAUUGAACUCAAGGCGUCGAUGCGUUAUCAAUAAUUAUACACUUCAAGAACGCUUCGUUGCCUAUGAUUCAAAUAUCCUUCUUCAAAUAUUCGAUGAGAACGUUGUAUUACCCAGAUGAAUGUCCUUUUCGAUUGCUCAGCGUGUAUUAUGCCCUACAAACCCUUGAAGGAUGUAUUGGAUUAUUGAUCUGACCUUGCUGCUGCUUAUAUCUGGAGUUCAAUAAAAAAUAACAGUCUAUGAGAGGAGUUUAGCAUCUCACCAAUAAUCAGAAGAAUUUUUCAAUCUAUCCAGAAUAGAAUGUUCAUAUUUAUCAGUCGCUUUAGGUUUAAAAUUUUGAAACAUUAUUGGUGAUUCAUAGUUGAUAAGUCUAUCUAGGAGUUACAGAAAAUAUUUUUCUAUUUUCAUUAAUUUAUUUCUUAGAAAAUAAACAUAGCUUUUGUUCGUUCUUUCUUAGUGAGGAGAAUCUAAUUUAAUAUGCUUCUUUUUUACACUGCUGUCCUUGCAAGCAUAAUUGAAUCGUUGACGUCGUUGAAUAUUUAGACGAUGAUUUCAUCAUUUGAAAUUAAUAAUUAAUCCAUUACGUAUUGCUAUCUUAACAGAUAUACCUUCCUGGGAAAUACCUUUUUCUUUUAAUGAAAAAUCGGAAAGGACAACUAGCGCUUGUUGAAGUAUAUGUGCCAUCUUAUUAAAUUCUUGAUGUGAAAUGUUUUGAUCCACGCUUAAAAUACACUCAAAGAUACUGAAAAUCCUUCAGGUUCAGGAGCCUGGAGUUAAAAAAAUGUGCAGUUUUCAGUAUUUCUGAUGUAUUCAGAGCGUAUCUGUUUUACAAAGGGAAUACAGGAAGAAAGCUUAGAGAAGCUUCCAAUUUUCUUUAAUAUUUUUAUGCUGUACAGGGUGUUUAUCUAAAAAAGAACACACGAUGAAUGAAACCCUUUCUUCCUCGUACCCUUUCAAUUUCGUCUUCAUAUAACUUGGAACUGAAUUUCUCGAGUGCUAAGUGAAACUAAUUUCCAGACGGUCUUUUCGUACUUUUUCUGCGUGUACAGUCGCUAUGUAUCAGAAUUUCAUGAAUAUUAUAUGUGUGUACGUAUUUAAGAAGUUAAUACCGAGAGCAGUUGCGACAGAGAGACGAUCGUCGAAUGAUAAAUUAGCAUUGCGAAAUGUUUGUCAAAUAAUUUUCACGAGCUGCCUCGAGAAGAACGAGUAGAAAAUUUAUUGGGCCUGACGAACGAUAUCGGUGUUCCAAAAUCGACAUUUCACCUGAAACACACCACUUCCGUUAAUUAGAGAUUAUAAAAGGUGUUAAUAAUGAAUUACAUAGGUGAUUCUUUACAUUACAAAUUGAGACCCUGAAAUUGGACAUCAAGGUUUACUUUGUAAUUACAUGAAUACUAAAUAUUGGUCAAGUAGUUAUUAAAUAUUUUAUAGUAUAGGAAAUGCUAUUCAUAAAGAAUGCUACAGUAGUAUAGACCUUUGCAACUGUUAUUCCAACAUACUAUGAAGAAUUACCUCUGUAAAUCAUGAUCCUAACAUUUUGCACAAGUCAGAGAAUCUAAAAAAGGACUGGAAGUAAGCUUGUGGAUCUCUAAAUUCAUCCUGCUAGUUCGUCUAGGAUCAACAGAUUAAAAUUACCAUUUAAAUCUGAUUAUUUGUAGAUGUAAGAACUAUAAAUAUGGUAUUGAAGAUUAAGUAUUAAAAUAUAUCUUACAAAGCGACAA